AUGGUAACUAAUAAACCAUAUAAAGAACUUAAAGAAAAUCAACAAAAUACAAAGAGAAUAAUGCAGGAUACAAAAUGUGUGAUAAAUACAUUAAUUAUCCUUGUCAUUGAAAGUGAAACCAAAUUAAUUUUUGAAGAAGCAUUGAAAUUAACAUCAAUAAAACCUAUCAGAAGUGCGAAACAACUUCCAUUACUUAAUCAAAUAUUAAGGGAACUCAUAGAUCUACGUGUGAGUCGUACAAAACAAUGGCAUGAAAAUCGUCAUAAACAAAAAGUGGUUGAAAAAAAGUUACAUUUGAUUAAAUUUUGUCGAAGCGAUAAACGGCAUGCGGUCGUGGUCGUAGUCGUAGUCCCGAGGUACCACGGAAAAAGCAAUGACUUGCAGAAAAAUCCGAUGGAAGCGGAGAUUCCGAGUAUUGGAAUAGUUUGGUCUUCUAAUUUUUCCUCUCCGAUCGAAAAUAUCUUAAUUGACGGUGCCAAGGUCUUAGAUGUAUCUUGUGGUGCUGGGACUUAUCUGUUGGACCUAUCGACCGAGUACAAUUUCUCGGAAUUUGUUGGUGUUGAUAAAAAUCAAUUAUUUCCUACAUCAAUUAAGCCUAAUAAUAUCAAUUUCCUUGAUGCUAGUGUAGAGAAGGGUUUGUCUUUCCAAGAUAAUUAUUUUGAUUUCGUUCAUUUAUCUGUCAUCGAACCUCUUUAUAAUGCAAGUCAAUGGAAUUUUGUCAUUGAUGAAAUGUUAAGAGUAACAAAACCUGGUGGAUGGGUGGAAAUACAGGGGUAUGAUUUUGAAGAAAACAAUAUUGGACCAAAUUUUUUAACAUUUAUUCAAGGAUUAUUUUUGCCACAAAAUUACAUAAAAUCAAUCCUUUCCACAAAUACCCGGAUCGAAAUCUUAGAAUCUGAUAUUAGAAAGGUGAAGUUGGGUAAAAAUAGCGACAAAACAGGAUUAUUAUUUGAACAACUUUGUACGGUGUUUUUCUCAGAAGUACUUGGUGAAGUGUUACUUGAUACGAUGAAUUUUGAUAAUGUUGAUGAGUUGAAUCAAGAAUGGAAUGGGACUUUAAAGGAAUUUGACGAAGUUCAAACCAUUGUAGAUGCAUAUAGGAUCUAUGCUAUGAAAAAAAUCUAG